UUUUGAACUGGAAUAAGUGGAAACAUGAUCUACCGGCGGUGUGGGGUGGGAAAGGGCCGUUUCCCACACCAGCGGCGGAGACAACCCCGCAGGUGCCAGAGCGGGGGGAGACCAGCGGGCCUGUCCCUCCGCGCCCCGCUGAGGGGGACGAGGACAAAGGGGGCUGCCAGAUCCUCUCCGGCCCCCUUCGCCGGAGGAGGAGCUGCGGGGCAGGCAGCGGCAGGCUCCCCUGGCAGCCCCCGCCCCUCACAGCGCGGCUCCCGCGCUGCUCCCGGGGCGGGGCGAGGAACGACCCCGCGGUGUGGGGCGGCGCGGGCUGUUCCCGACGGGAAUGCUCGGCGGCGCGUCCGUGAGGGGCCGCGCGGGCUGCCGGCAUGUCGGGACCGCGCUGCCCAGGGUGCGCCCAGCCCUGCGCGUCGCCGCGGCUGCUGCCCUGCCUGCACUCGCUGUGCGAGCCCUGCCUGCGGCGGCUCGGGCCGCCUGCGGGAGCGCCGGGCGCCGCCCGCCCCGUCCUGUGCCCGGUGUGCGACGCCGAGCUGUCGCUGCCGGCCGGCGGCGUGGGGCAGCUCCCCCCCGACUGCCUGGCCGGGAGCCGCGCCGGGGCCGCGGCCGGGUGCGACCUCUGCGCCGACGGGGCGGCGGCCGGGCGGUGCCUGACCUGCGGCGUCCGCCUGUGCCGCUUCUGCUGCCGGGCGCACAGGAGACAGAAGAAAACGGCCUCCCAUGCUGUGACAGAGCUGGAGAACACCAAGGAUUGCAGCCAGGCUGGGAAGCCUCUCCUGUGCCCCUCCCAUCCCACAGAGGAGCUCCAGCUGUUCUGCGAGCAGUGUGACCAGCCUGUGUGCCAGGACUGUGUUCUGGGCAGACACCGUCAGCACCCCUGUGACUUCAGCAGCAAUGUCAUCCACAGGCACGGGGACACCCUGCGGGAGCUGCUGAAGGACAGCCAGCAGCACAUGGACACCCUGGAGGAUGUGCUGAGCCAGGUUGAUGAGAUGGGCAGCGCCGUCCGCAGCCGCGCAGAGACUGUGGCCGCAGAGAUCUGCCUGUUUGCCAAGGGCUACGUGAAAGCGAUUGAAGAGCACCGGGACCGGCUGCUGAAGCAGCUGGAGGACUUGAAGGUGCAGAAGGAAAACCUGCUGCACUUGCAGAAAGCGCAGCUGCAGCAGCUGCUGCUGGACAUGAGGACAGGCGUGGAGUUCACAGAGCACUUGCUGAUGAGUGGCUCAGAUGUGGAGAUCCUCGUCAGCAAAGGGGUGGUGUCCAGCCGUCUGACAAAGCUCAACAGCAUUGCUUACAGCACCCACCCCAGUGUGGAUGACAGGAUCCAGUUCUCCCCCCAUGAGAGGGCAGGGCAGUGUUGUGGCUAUGAAGUUUUUGGGGCCAUUCUCAAUAAAGUGGUUGAUCCAGCCAGAUGUACCCUGCAUGGGGAAGAUUACCACAGUGCCCGUCAGAACCAGCUGAGUGGCUUUACCCUGCUGUGCAGGGACACUACAGGGGAGCGCAUGGGACGGGGAGGAGAGGCUGUGCGGGUCACCAUCACCCACAAGGACAAGAGGGACUGGCACGGUCAGAGGGAGCUGUUCCUUCUCACUCCUCCCGGCAGACACCUGGGGCUCCUGCUUUUGUUAACACCUAAUACGUAUAAGUCAUUGCAACCCCUGUAUGACAGUCACAAGUCAGACACAGAGUUCACCAACCCCACGAACCUCUCACAGCUGAUGGAAGUAUUCCUCUUCAUGUUCUGGAGAAAGAAUCUGUGUUGUGCUUUUGUCCUUUUUCCUGUAGUUGCAAGCAUUGACAUUAACACGUUUUAAGGCUUUUUAGCAAAACCAGGAAAGGCUGCACUUGAGCUUCUCAGUAUUUCCACAAGGAAAAUGACCAACCAGAAAAAGUUACAACUGUUUCCAGACCACACUUGUCACUAAAGAACAGCCAGGCACAAAAGCAAACCCAGUUGUGGGUUAGUUGUUGAGAAAAAUAUCUACUGUUUUAUAGUAGCUGGAACCAGAUGCCAGCAUUAAUUUGUUCCAGGAACACCCAUGAUGGGAUGACCUGAUGAAAAAAAAGGGACAGGAUGCUAAAAACCCUUUGCUAUUGUUGACAAAGCACAGAGAAGCAGUGCUGGCUGCACAGAUGCUUAUCAAUAGAGCAUAAUAGUCCAAGAAUAUUGUUCCAGUGUACCUUCCUUCCAUAAGUGCACCUAUGAUGUAGGAAGCUGCAUGCCUGAGGGGUUUCAGGAUUUUUCUUGGUGGGGUGGAGGUCGCUGUGGCCACAUUAACUCCAUUUCUUGCUCUUUGUAUGCAGUUGCUACAUAGGUUGCUGAAAGCUGCCUGGCUUUGCUUUGAGGCACAACAGCUGCAGAAGAGCACGAAGUAUCACCACACAGUUCAUGACAGGAAAUUAUGUAGGCAGCUGCGUUGAUGUGAAGUGUUGGGGGUGGGGAAUACAGAUUAUAAACUGUCAUGUCAUGGGGCCCAGGAGACUAAUUAGUGGGGAUUAGCAAGAACACCUUGCUCUAUGCAGAGCUGCCUGAUAAUUGUCUGUGAAAAGCUUUCCAUCUUCCUAUGGAGCAGGCAGUUUAUCCUCCGGUAACCAGCUCAGGCUUUCUGUCUAGCACUCUGUUCACCAGGGUUCCCUGUGAAACACAAAGAGCUUCAGUAUGAAAAGGGAGAGUUUACCAUCCGGGACCUAGGACUCCUCAGCAUUGAAGGGAGGAGUCGGGGUCAGUGCUGUUGGGACAGUGGUUAAAGUGAUUCAAACCUACCCUGUUAUAUCCUGUCGUCUUAAUGCGUUUUUCUGGAGGUAACUGCUUGUUGAAGCUGUGUAUUUAACCCAUUUCUGUGAGCUCUUAUCUGAUGGGAUAAUCUGACUUGCAAGUGUGCUGUGUGUCACCUUGUGCAUUUUUGUUUUGUGGGUUGCUACAAACCCUUGCAGUGCAACUGGUUUUGUGUGACUUCCUUUGUAUGGUAAUUGCAGCUUCCAGUAGCAGGGAGGUGUGAAAGCCACUGUACUGCAGUCUAGGCCAAACUCUGGUUUACAUUUGAAACAAUUUUCUGCCAGUCACUGACUUCUUGGAUUUCUCUCCACUGUUCACAGCACAGUCAAGCCAACAGUGUGUGAUAAUGGUGAUGGGACCUACUAUAUUUCCUACAGCCCUGAGGAGCAAGGCUUGUAUGCUGUCUGCGUCUGU